AUGCGGUCGCUCACGCCCGUCGGUCAGGCAUCCUUUGCGAGCGGCUGCUUCGUGACGAAACAGGGACACAACGUGCGGGUGACCAGCCAGCACCAAUUCAUCUGCAUUCUCGAAGUGGGACUCCAGUCGGCAUCGGCGGUCAUACACAAAGGGGCCGUGCGCGAACCCACAAUCCGGGCGUACCUGCUCACGCGGCUGCCGCAUUCGCUGCUCUUUGGGCGACUCCGCGGCGACAGCGAGCUGACACUCCAGCGACCAUCACCAUCAAGCCGGCGUCACGCGACGACUCCUGAACGGGCAGAAGAAGAAGACGAUGGUGAGCUGGAGGCGCUCGUGCGUUGCCCUCUAGCACGAAAAACUGUCGCGGUCAAGGUUUCUCAUUGGUAG